GGUGUUCCCCUCGGGGAGGGUGCCACUUGUGAGAGGUGCCAAGACGGAGCGAGCGGACUCUUCCUGUGACACAGCGGAGAGGCCGCUAUCCCUACACGGCGGCCCGCACUGCGUCUGGGGUCACUCGAGACCUCUAGCGGGAGGCUCAGCUCCCGACCGAGCCCCCACGAGCCCCUGGCACAGCAGCGUCGGGAGGGGCGAGGAAAGGAAGGGGUGUUGUGCCCCCCACUCCUUUGGGAAAACAAGAGAAAGAGGAGGCGGUUGCGUAACCUGAGCCUGGGGUGCGGCUCGGGGAACAAAGAGGUCGUGAAAGCAGCCGCAGCCAGGCUUUGAGCGCUCCUUAGGGUAACUGCGAACCACACAAAUCACCGCCGCCUGGGCACCACGCCGGUGCUUGGGAGCAUGCAGAUUCCAAGAGUCAUGUGCAGCCCCACAGGACCACCGACUUUGUCAGGCAGCACCCAGGAACCUGCAUUCUAAACAAGCCCCCGGACUAUCUGGAGCCCAGGGAAGUUUGAAAACAAUCGCUUCACGUCUAGCACCAGCCGAAGCUUCCCAUCGCCCCGGUCCAACGCGGCGGCGGCAGCAGCUGGGUCGCGCCUCAACCGAGCUUGGUCCUUUCCUUUGGUCCCGCCCUGCUGCUCAGCGCGGAUUGGUGGCGGGGAGCAGCUCUGGAGCUGAUUGGGCGGCGGCGGAGCCGCUCGUGGAGACUGCUUUUGGUUACUCCCUUUCCACCCCAUCCCUUAAUUUUAUUCUUUUGAAGAGUCUGCAUUUCAAGCUGCCAAGGUGGAGAGUGUGAUUGCAGAAGGGAGUACUACUCAUUUCAGAAAAGGUGUGCCAAACCUGAGAGCACCAGGAAGUCGCAUGAGAGAUCACCUGAUACACGAACGUGUGAUGUUCCAUCUGCGCAUUGAUGCAUAGGCAGCAUUUACAAAUUAACUGAUGUAUUGCUCUGUAUCAUCUCUUUGAUGAUUGCUCAUCUUCUAUGUAUCCUGUCAUAUAAUUUCAACAUAUUUGUGAUACUCAAUGUUUAUUCUAAACUAACCAUGUUUUGUGCCACAAACACGUUACCUAUGGAUCUCUUGCUGAAACAAGGAAGUCUUAAACAAGAAGUAGAAUCUUUUUGUUAUCAAAUUGUGUCUGAAUCAAAUGAUCAAAAGGUUGGAAUAUUACAAAGUGAGGAUGAACAAUUGCAGCCUUCAGUUUCUAAAAAAUCAGAAGGUGAGCUUUCCAGGGUCAAAUUUAUGUCCAAUUCCAACAAAAUAACAACAUUUAGUAAGAAACCAAAAAGAAGAAAAUAUGAUGAAAGUUACUUGUCUUUUGGAUUUACUUACUUUGGAAAUAGAGAUGCACCUCAUGCUCAGUGUGUGUUAUGUAAGAAAAUUUUAUCAAAUAGUUCUUUGGCCCCUAGUAAGCUUCGAAGACAUUUGGAAACUAAACAUGCUGCAUAUAAAGACAAAGACAUAAGCUUUUUCAAGCAACAUCUUGAUUCACCUGAAAAUAAUAAACCCCCAACACCUAAAAUUGUCAAUACAGAUAAUGAAAGUGCUACAGAGGCAUCAUACAAUGUAAGUUACCAUAUAGCCCUGAGUGGAGAGGCUCAUACUAUUGGAGAAUUACUCAUCAAGCCUUGUGCUAAAGAUGUCGUGAUGCGGAUGUUUGAUGAACAAUAUAGUAAAAAAAUAGAUGCAGUACAACUAUCAAAUAGUACUGUUGCACGUCGAAUUAAAGAUCUUGCUGCUGACAUUGAAGAAGAGCUUGUUUGUAGACUGAAAAUUUGUGAUGGGUUUUCACUGCAACUAGAUGAAUCAGCUGAUGUUUCAGGACUUGCUGUGCUGCUUGUUUUUGUUCGUUACAGGUUUAAUAAAUCUAUUGAGGAAGACCUACUCUUAUGUGAAUCUUUGCAAAGUAAUGCUACUGGUGAAGAAAUUUUCAACUGCAUCAACAGUUUUAUGCAGAAACAUGAAAUUGAAUGGGAAAAAUGUGUUGAUGUUUGUAGUGAUGCUUCUAGGGCAAUGGACGGGAAAAUUGCUGAGGCUGUCACCUUGAUAAAAUAUGUGGCUCCCGAAAGCACCAGUAGUCACUGCCUAUUAUAUAGACAUGCACUAGCAGUUAAAAUAAUGCCUACAUCUCUGAAAAAUGUGCUAGAUCAGGCAGUACAGAUCAUCAAUUACAUUAAAGCUCGACCACAUCAAUCUAGGCUACUAAAAAUUUUAUGUGAGGAAAUGGGUGCCCAGCACACAGCACUUCUUCUGAAUACAGAGGUGAGGUGGCUCUCCCGAGGUAAAGUUCUUGUAAGACUUUUUGAGCUCCGUCGUGAACUAUUGGUUUUCAUGGAUUCUGCUUUUCGACUGUCUGAUUGUUUAACAAAUUCAUCUUGGCUGCUAAGACUUGCAUAUCUUGCAGAUAUUUUUACUAAAUUAAAUGAGGUAAAUCUAUCAAUGCAAGGAAAAAAUGUGACAGUUUUUACAGUAUUUGAUAAAAUGUCAUCAUUGCUAAGAAAAUUGGAAUUUUGGGCUUCAUCCGUAGAAGAAGAAAACUUUGAUUGUUUUCCUACUCUCAGUGACUUUUUGACCGAAAUUAAUUCUACAGUUGAUAAAGAUAUUUGUAGUGCCAUUGUGCAGCACCUAAGGGGUUUGCGCUCUACUCUGUUAAAAUAUUUUCCUGUAACAAAUGACAAUAACACUUGGGUUAGAAAUCCAUUUACAGUAACUGUUAAACCAGCUUCAUUAGUAGCACGGGACUAUGAGAGCCUGAUUGAUUUAACAUCUGAUUCUCAAGUGAAACAAAAUUUCAGCGAACUUUCACUAAAUGAUUUUUGGAGUAGCCUAAUUCAAGAGUACCCAAGCAUUGCAAGGCGUGCAGUUCGUGUACUUCUUCCUUUUGCUACAAUGCACCUGUGUGAAACAGGAUUUUCAUAUUAUGCUGCAACAAAAACAAAAUACAGGAAAAGACUUGAUGCCGCACCUCAUAUGCGGAUUCGACUUAGCAACAUUACACCUAAUAUUAAGCGGAUAUGUGAUAAAAAGACACAAAAACACUGUUCUCAUUAAAAUUAGAGGGUUUUGCAUGUCUCUUGAUAACCAAGUAUAAGAUGAAAAUAAAAGAUGAUUUACUUCA